GAUCUAAAUAAAUUGUACUCACAGAAAAUCGCAUCGGACAUUUUAAAUCGAACUUUCAAUCGGUUUGUACUGAUACCUUCGAGGACUUAAGUUUGCGCCAUGCUUCACGGAAUUCAACGUUUUUUCAUAUGGAUUUAUCUUCUAACUGUCGCGUGCGAAGUUACCCAUCAGCAACCACUUGAGCAACCGGUCGUAACGCUGCUCGACACGGAAAAGGAACCGAUACCGCCGAUCUAUAACACACCACCACAACCGCCGGUAAAAAUUUUGCGUGAAACCAGCCCCAUCACGGAGAAGGAAAGUAUGAAAGUGUCCGACGAUUUGCAGCAGUCAGCAUCGUACAGGUACAGCUACUAUCGGCCAGUAUAUUAUCCUGGCGUGUACUACUCGUACUAUCCAAGAUAUCGUUGGUACAGUCCCUACGAUUACUACAACUGGUGGUACUACUGAAUCGCAUUAGAAGGAUGCCUGAAGGUUGUUGAUAAUUGAAGCAAUGAUACUCAAAACGUGGCUUGGAAGUUUGAAAAGAAACAACAACAAAAAAUCAUACAAUUGCGUCAUAAGAAUCAUGAUUGCCCAUUAAGGUAACCAAGUAAAAAAAAAGGUACACGGGUGUCCAAAAUUAAAUUAUUAGUGCUAUACACACAUAAACACACGGUAAGAAUUGUAGCAGAACAAAUGAAGCACAGUGAAUUAAAUCAAUAAUGGUUGAUAGGAGUAGAAUCGUUUAACCUCCACCUUGAGAAUUAGUCGACUUUUUUGUGUGCAGUCUAAUAAACGAACAAAAAAAACAUUCUAGAAGGUGUCACAUAAAUAUGAAAUUAGCUUUGAAGGUUUACUCGUUGGAAGUAGUUUAACCCGAUUUAGCCAUUUCGAUUGAAACAAAAAAAAAACUUCCACGUGCACUGUCGAUCAGUUGACAAAUGUUCGGAAAAUAGGAAACAAACACGUGCCGUGUAGUGCGGCAAAGUUAAUGGCAAUGGAGCGUAGCGUAGACUUUUAGGUGUGUUACUAAUAAAGCAGAACUGAUGCAA